AAAAAUUAACACAAAAAAUAUUCAGCAGUAAUGUUUUUAAAUCUUAAAAUAAGACUUUCAUUGAGAUUUUCCUAGCAAAAAAUAUGAUUUUUGUUGUUAAGUUGGCUGAGGCGGGCCUUUUGAAGAGCGGCUCAGGCCAAACGGACCAAAACAGGGGUCAGUUUUCACAUUGUUACCAUUAUUGCUGUAUCCCAAGAUACGACUCAUUCGUCCUUGAAUUGACAACAAUCAAUAGCCAGGCAAUAAGCGAGGUAGAAAACAAUGGCUACUGAACUAGAUGAUGACGAAAGAUUCUCAAAUGAUGAAGUAAGUUCUAUCAUCAACGAAUGCAUUUCCAAUGUAUUAGGAGAAAAGUCCUUCUCCAAUGAAAAGGCUGCUGUCUGGUCCAGCUCAAUUGCAUCUGCCUGCAUUGCAAAUCUAAAUAAGCUGAACAAGCCUUACAAAUAUACAAUGACUUGCAGUAUAAUGCAGAAGAACGGGGCAGGAGUGCACUCUGCCAGUUCUUGUUACUGGGACAACUCAAAUGAUGCUGUGUGCUCGGUGCCUUGGGAAAAUGACACCAUUCAUUGCAUAGUCAAUGUGUUUGGAUUUGCUGUUUAAUCCCCUCUCUCUCUCCCCCUUCCCCUAGUCCUCCGAAAAUUCCUUCUUCGGUAAAUGAAUAUAAUAGCAUCAUUGGCCAAUACUACACUAAAACUACCAGCCUCAAUCACACAAUUUUUGAAUUCAAGAAAUUUGAAUGGAGAAAGCGAGAGUUGAGAAAUGGAGGGUGCAUCAGACAAGAAAGGAACACAUUUUGGCACAAGGCAAAUCAAAAGAAAGAAAAUAGAAGAUGUGCCAAGUAUUCAAAGGAAAUAACUUAUAACCAUGAAACGAAAAUCAAAUGUAAUGAGCAGUAGCGUCAACCAUAACAGCAUUAACAGGGAGGAGGUUGAGGUAGCACACCCUUACAAAAUCAUCUUGAUAACUUCAAUGACACGCAAAAUCUCACUCAAGCAUUUGUUUGGACGGGUUCACUCAAAUACCUGCCCUGUGCAAUCACAAAAGUUUCAAAGCUAAAAAAUGCAUCAUUGUUGGGAUUUAAUGACUGAAGUUUUAUUUGCACUUCAUUGUUGUUACAUGAUUUAAUAAAUGUAUAAUGCUCAAUGCCCAA